AUGGCCACCCCCACCCCUCCAAGACUCAACCACGUCUUCCAUCUCCGAUGCCACAUAGGCAAAGACACCAUCAACGCGGGCCAAUACCGUUCCGGUCCACACCGACGCAUCACCACGCUCGAAGGAGGUUUCCUACGAGGUAUCCCAGGAACCCGGGGUGAAGGCCUCGACGCAACUCUCGUCGCCGGCGGAAGCGAUUGGAUACUCUUUGACGAGAGCACAAACACGGCGCACCUGGAUGUGCGAACACAAGGCCGCACGAAGGAUGGACAGUGCGUGUAUAUUCAUUAUAAUGGAUAUUCGCGAAUAGAUGACUCUGCGCGGCAAUUCACGAGCAGGAAUCCAGACGCGAGAACGACCGAGUUUGGGCAGCAUCACUGGUGGACUGCGCCGAACAUUGAAGUUAGUGAUCCCAACUUCAAAUGGGUCGCUACGACGCAAUUUAUUGGCCGGGGCCGUUGGUUUAGGGAGGGGGAUAUCCAGGCUGUGGAAUAUGAGAUUUUUGAGGUCGCUCACUAG